UGUCUAAUGAGUGCAGAUCGUAAAACAAAAUGUACCUGAACUACGGGCGAGUAAAAGGAAUUGUGGGAUAUGACAGAAUUUUUAUAACUCUGGUGAAAAGAAGCGGUUUGUUGUGUAACGAAUUUUAUUUAAAAUCUUUUGAUAAACUAUAGAAGUAAUUCAUACAACGAGCACCCUUAACUUCUUAAUGUUGGUAUUCUACUAAAAGCUAAAAUGAGCUAUGAGGAUUUUUAUACUGACUGGUUGUGGAAGAUUUUCGUUAUAACUGACGAGUCAGACGCGGCAGAAGAGUAUGCACGCACCAUAGUUUCACUGUUGGAUACCUUGAAGAACCCGCCCGAUGUUGAGACUAACAGUUUACAUGGUAAAACAUUGUCCGAGAAAUGCCGAAAGAUAUUGUUUAUUUUAGACGAGUCGAACAGGACCGGAGAAGAAAACAAACUUUUACAUAAAUGGCUUAGGUCGUUGGCAAUAGAUCCGGGCAGAAGUAACAAGUACAUGGUUCUCCGUGUUAAUAGCAAUGAAGAUGAAGGAUUUGCAGAACCACUGGAAGGUCUUGCGGAGUCACAAGUUAUUCAGGUGAAUGGCAUAAUCGAUGUUUAUACCUGGUGGCCUAGAGUAAUAAGAUUUCUUUGUAAAACGAGGAACUGGGGUAACAGUGCGUACAUUUUGUUGCACGCCGGCUUUGGACAUGAUAUAACUGACGUUAGUAAGAUGAUAGAAAAUAUAAAAGAAAUUGAGGAACAGAAAAAGAUACUUGAAGUUAUGUUAGGUCCAUUUGGGCCCCGUAACCUGCAUAAGGUAAAGUGGCAUGAUGACGCAGUCGCUUCUGUUGGGUCUUUUCCCGGGCAUGUACGACAGAGAAGAUCUAGUACAAAUUUGGGAUAUCAGGACAUGAACGGCCUGCCAAAUGACUACACGUCUCAACGGGAGUCAAACCUGGCGACGGAAAUUCGGCGUAACGCAGUAGUGUUAGACGAGAAGAAAUAUCGAAUCGACCCGACAGUUGCCAAGUAUGUUUACGAUGAUCCUGUAACACCUUCAUGGAAAGACGACAAACGGUUUGCUUCUGUGGUACCCUUGUUUAUUAUACUGAAGCCGGAUAUCACUGUGGCCGAGAAAUGUUGUUUGACAGAUUAUGCCCGAGAGUUUCCGAAAACACACUUCCUGUGUAUAAGUGAGGAAUCGCCAUCCAAUUACAUGAAACUUUUGUCGAGUAAUGUGUAUGGAAGGAGGGAACUGAUGGAGUUUGUGUUUAACCUACUUAAAGAACUGAAGAAUAAACAGGGUACAGACUCCCCCAAGGUGCCACAUUUUCUUCGCCGCAAGGUAUACUGGAUACGGAUCUGAUACUGACGUGAACCUUUUCGGAAAUCGAAGAUACCAUGCUGUAAGGCUGGUAGAGGACUUUGUCUAGUUCUGGCGGCUCAGGAGUUACAAGAAAAAGACAGGUGUGUUCUUUCUGCAAAACAGUCUCUUCUCCUUCAUCUUGAUAUUUCGGUUUGUGUGGAUAACAACAGUUACCAGUUUCUUCGCAAUCUGAACUACAUGAGCAGUCUAAAAACAGAAAUAAAAAUUAUCAAUGAGAAAUACGCGCUCCUACGUGAGUGUUAGUUUGUUUUGGGUUUAUCACACUUUUUCAUCAAAAUUUCAGUUAUGUAACGGCGGGCAGCUAACAUAACCAACUUUCCUUGAUUCUGUACCAAUAUCUGUUAUGUUCUCCACAAGUAACUUCCAACUUCUCUACAAGAAUCAGUGGUAGAGGACGAAAUGACUUCAGACACAAUGUCUUGUAACAAAUCAUAAGUUAGAACAUACGUCUCGCCAGAAGAUCGAACUCGGCCGAGCCCGCGAUCCAGAGACCUGCACUCUUACUAUUGAGUUAAUAUAAUAUUAUUCAAUCCAUAAUAAGCAACUUACAGAUGCCUUAAAAACAAUAUGGAUUGAAAGUGUGAAACAGAAGUAAUUAUGAAAGUUUGUAAUUUGAAUUGUAUAAGCCUGCAUACCCCUUCCGUAAAAAAAUGAUCACAGCACAAGUAUAAUGCUUUGUUACAAUUUCAGCUUUGUUACGUAUGUAGCAGAGAUAUUGUCUUUGUGUUUAGGUUUUAUGUUUAAGCAUCAAUUUACGUAUUUUAUAA